GAGGGUUUGGCUUAAGGGGAAGCACGUUCAUCUUUUCGAAACAUUUCUAUGCCUUUAGGGAUACCAGCAGGAGUUAUAGAUUCUCGGAAUUCUGCACCAGUGCACACUAAGCGAGCACGCUACUGUUGGUGCUUUUUCUGACCAAUGCUGUGAACCUUCUUCCUCUUUGGGGUUUGUGUGCCUGCCCAGGAGUCAACAGAAGAAAGAGAAAGAGAGAGCAUGGGACUGUGAGUGUCAGCGCCAGAAAGUGCACAUCCCUUUCUAACCUGCUCUCAGGGUCCUGGGGUCCUGGCAUCCACGAAAUAGAAUGUGCCAGCAAGGACAAGGACGUCUUGGGACACUGGGCUUUCUGCAGCUGAUGUUGCUGCCUGCUUUCUUCCUGGAGGCCAGAGCUCAAGAUGACCUCAUACCUCUGGUGACCAGUGUCUCUGGCAGCAAUGUUAGUCUUCAUAUCACUGGCCUGCCCUCCUACACAUCGCUCACAUGGAUGUUCUCUGAAGUGCAGAAGAUCUUGAAUCUUGAUGAUGGAGAUCUGUUUUACUAUGAGACUAAAUUUUCUGGCAGAGUGAAGCUUGGUGUUGAUUCCACACUGUAUAUCUAUAAUGUCCAGAAAGAGGACAGCAGUGUCUACAUCCUGAGGUUGACAAAGCCAAGUUCAGAAGAAGUGGAGAAGAAGAUAGAGUUACAGGUGUUUGAUCCUGUGCAUGAGCCCACCAUAAAAAUCAAGUCUUCCCAACUAAGGAACUUCUGCUUUCUGAAGUUGUCAUGUGUAGUCCAUGACGCCAAUGUGAAAUACAACUGGUUUGGAGACUUAGAUAGAGAAGACCCCAGGACAGAUGUGCUGGAAGUCACUCUCGAACAGAAUAUGUCUGGGUCCUACACCUGCCAAGUCAGCAACCCUGUGAGCAAGCAGAACAAAACCAUCAAGUACAACCCUCCCUGCAAGUCUGGUGAAUCCUCAAGGACAACCUGGGUAUCUCCUUCGCAGGCUGUCCUAUGGCUCACACUGCUCAUUGUCCUGCUGGCUUGAGACCUGGGCCCAAGUAACAUCAGGAAAUAUGGAGGGCCCCCAAGUGAUCUCAGAGACAUCCGAGUGACAUGAGAAGACAGAGAAGCCACAAAAGGCCCUGGCUUUACAGGGUGGGAGUGUGUCAUUGAAGUGAUGACUGAGAAUUUCAACUGAACUCUUUGGCCCAUGAAAGGUUUUACUGUAUAUCUCUGCAGGGAUUGCCUGUGGAAGGAGGAUCCACACCGAAAGUGUUGUUUCUGGUACUAAUAAACACUGGGUGCUGUCCAGGAGGUGCUCCCACAGUAGCUGGGCUCUGUGGGCAGAUUAUUCCCUCCACCUGGGCAACAUGUCUCCCAGCUUGGCCCUGCGACUCUA